UGGAUGUUGGAUAUUUGAUAUUGGAUACAUUUAUGAAAUCAUGUGGAUGUUACCGCUUGUAUAUUAGGAUGGUGUCCGAAGGGUCUCACAGACGUUACUUCGACGUUCUAAAAAAAUCCACUCCAGACGGAAAGUUAUCACUAUACUUAGACAGAAGGACAUUCGUGGACCACUUCAGCCACGUCGAUCCAGUGGAUGGAGUAUUGGUAAUAUCACAAGAUUUAAAAAAUGAAGAAUACGUAUUCUUAAUCUUAACUUGUUCCUAUCGUUUUGGUCGUGACGAUUUAGAUGUGUUAGGAUUUACAUUUCAAAAAGAAUUAUUAAUUUAUACUAAAUGUUUAUGGCCAAAACAUCAUUCAAUCAUCACAGAUGACAGUAAUCAAUUAACAGCGUCGCAACAUGGGAAACAACAAAAAACAUGGAAAAAUAAAUUUGUUAGAAAAUCAAAAAAGAAAAUUGAAUCCAUAGAAGAAAUUUCUUCAAUUUUAUUAAGUAAUCAUUCAUAUGGAAUAUUUAGUCAAACAUUAACAACUAAUGAUCUGUCAUUAUUUCAAGCAAAAUUAAUUAGUAAAAAUAAUCAACAUGCUGUACCAUUUCGUAUUCUUUUACCUCCCUCCAUAUCACCUUCAUCAGUCGCUAUUCAGACAACUCAAGGAAGCAAUAAUAAUAAACCUUAUGGUAUCAAUUAUGAAUUGACUGCAUUUAUUGGUAAACGAAUUGAUGACUAUCAACCAACAAGUUCAACAGUAACCAUUAUUUUAAGAAAAUUAACUGCUGGACCAAAAAUCACACAUCGUCCUUUACAACCUGUUGUAGAAUCAAUUAGAAAAGCAAUAAAUCUACCAUGUCAUUAUGGAGAAUUAUUUAUGAAAGCUUCUAUUGAGAAACCGUUAUAUUACCACGAUGAAUCUGUGUGUAUAUCAAUAGUAUUGGAUAAUUUAUGUCAAUUACCGGUUAGAAAAUUACAAGUAGCAAUUAUACAAACAGCUGAAAUCUAUGUGUUGACCAAAGGGACUUAUCGAUCUACAGUAGAUAAACAUUUAUGCAAAAUGAAUCUUCCACAAGCUGGUGAACGACAAUGGACAUAUACUACAACAUUAAAUACAAAUUUAACAGAUAAUUUAUUAAAACGUGGUGUUACAUUAGAUGGUUAUAUAAGACAAGAGAAAAAUUGGUUAGCUUCAUCUACCUUAUUGAAUUUAUCGGAAGAUUUUAAUGAAUGUUUAGAAAUGAUGCAAAAUAUUCAUAAACAUGUAAAUGAUUCUACAGGUUUGAUAAUCAAAGCUAAUAAACAAUUACAUGGGAUUGCAAUUUCUUAUUGUGUUCGUGUAAGAUGUUGGAUUGGAAUCAGUCGAUGUUCAUUGUAUAUUCCAUUUUUAUUGAUGCAACCGGAGAAAGAGUCUGAAGAAGAGAGUGGCCAUGUGAAUUGUACAAAAAAUAAUCAUACUCUACAUGUGGAUAUCGUACAAAUUCAUCCUCCAGAAUUGAAAGUCAAUAACAAUGAACUAGUGGACACAUUCAGCGACAAUAAGAGUUCAAUGUAAAAUAUAAUCAAUAAAAGACAUUACUUCACAAACAUUACUUGUAAUUUAUUUCUCCAUGUGUUUGUUAACAGUUGAUCUCAAGUGGGCACAAGUGAAUCACGUUCCUUUUAUCUUUUAUUCAAAAACGAAAAUCAAUACUCUAUGCUUUUUAACUAUUGUAUCAACAACACUUAUCUCCCAUUCGGAUUCUUUUUAAUUCUUGUCAAUAACAAAAAAAAUUAAUCUUAUUCGAUGAAUAAUUUAUAGCAUUUCAAUCUUAACAGAAUGCUUCUAGUCAAUCAAUUAAUUUUUAUAUGAAAUUGUACAAUUUCACUUUAUUCCAUUGUGAAUUAAUUUACAAAUUCUUACAUAACAAACAUUGUAUUUAUGUGAUGAUAAAAUUUGACCAAAUUAUUGAAUACAAUACAUACAUUAAAAAAAAGAAAAGAGUACAGUUUUUCUUUUUUUUUCAAUCAAACACACUGUAACGCAUUCGGAACCUAACUCUAUCUAUCUACUCGUAGUUUCGUUUAUCAAGCUGGCAAUCAAUCCUUACUUUUGCAUUC